AUGGACAUAGUAUCACAGCUCCAGGACCACACCAACCACAUCGCCUUCCUCCUUUUCAACACUGUCGGCACACUUCAACGAGACGCCACUCCGUCAACCAUUCCUGGCAAACCACUUCCCGCGCCAACCACACCAGCUGCACCUGGAAUCGGUCAGCCGGUUACAGCCUCUAGACCAGGGAACACAGGCGCCGCCAUACCAUCUGCUGCUUCAACGGGGCCAGGCGCAGUAGCUAACGGAGCCACAGCCCCUAAAGGUGCCGUUGGGCCUGUUGCAGAAGCCCUAGUUCAGGCGUUGAAGCUUUUUGACAUGCGUGUGGAUGCGUUACCUCCUGACAUUGACCUGACAGAAGAGGAGCAGCUUCAAAGAAUAGCAGAGCUGAAUGCUGAGAACGAGGCAGUAGCAAAGGAGAUGGCAGCAGAGUUGAAAGGGGUGGAGGAGGAUCUGGCAGAGGUUAGAGGGCUGUUUAGGAGGGUCGUUGAUGACUGUCUUUAG